GUAAAUCACUCUUAGUGCGCCUCCGCCCCUUGCUCGCCCCUCCCUGGUCCUGCUGCUCUUCUCUUCGCCUCGCCGGCCAUUUCCUCGCCCUCUCUCCUGUUACCGCGGCGACAGUGGCUCCUGGAUCUGGACCAGCGAUACAGCCGCCGGACAGCUGGUGCUACAGCUAGCUAGGCCUCCCCAGCAGCCGGCAACUCGGCAUCCAUCACCGGCGCCUGGUGCACGCAUAAAACGUCGUACAUCCCUGCAUCAGAUGGGGAUGUAUGCGGCGCUCCGCGUGGCGCAAUGGGUGGUGGGCAAGGCGCUAGCCCCUGUUGCCGACGGCGUGCUGGGGGCUUGGGCAGCCACCAAGAACUUUGGUCCCAACGUCGAGGCCCUCAGCACGGAACUACUGCUCGUGAAGGCCACGCUUGAGCAGGCUGCCCACAAGGAGCUCGGAGGCCCGGCAAUGGAGAUGCUGCUUCAGAAGUUGCAGGACUCGGCACACAAUGCCGAAGACUUGCUUGACGAGCUGGACUACUUCCGCAUUCACGACGAGCUCCAUGGCACGUAUGAUGCUGCCGACGAGCACGGCAAGGGUUGCGUCCGCAACCUUGCCCUCAAUGCUCGCCACACCGCCAAAGCUGUUGGCAAACUGGUCAACUGUUGUGCUUGGCAGCGCGCUAAGCGCCCGCAGAGGUCACACAACAAUUCCUCGACACCAAACACCAAUCAGGAGGUCAGCGGAUGCAUGCCCAAGCUCAGUAAACUCCUCCCUUGCUCAUCCUCCCCACAUCCGCAUGUUGGUUAUGACGAUCGUGGCAAUGAGCAAGAAACACCAAAGCUUGAGUUUAAUAGGGUUGAUUUCUCUCAAAGGAUGAAGGAUAUUGUAGAGAAACUGCAGCAUAUGCGGAAUGAGAUUAACAAGAUUCUGCAGGGUUCUGCCCCUAAAACUGUCCCAGACAUUGCCCAGGGUCGUCCUAUCACCAAAGGUCGAAUUGAUGAGCCAAAACUGUAUGGGAGGGACCGUGUCAUGAAGAGCAUCAUGGAUGAUAUCACCAAGGGUCAAUACUGUGACAAUGGUCUAACCGUGCUUCCGGUUGUUGGUCCGGGAGGAAUGGGUAAGACAACUCUGAUACAACACAUAUAUCACAACGGACAAGUGCAGAAUCAUUUUCCAGUCACUAUUUGGAUAUGUGUGUCAGUCAAGUUUGAUCUGGAAAAAGUGCUAGGACAGAUUAAAACAUGUAUUCCUAAAGUUAAAGAUGAAAAAGAGGGCAGUACAACAGAAGAGUUGAUUGAACAAAGAUUAAAAUCUACAAAGUUCUUACUUGUAUUGGAUGAUAUAUGGAAGAUUAGUAAUGGGGAUGACUGGGGAAAAUUAUUGUCGACACUCAAUAAAUCAGAGGAAAAGGGUUCCAUGAUUCUGGUCACAACUCGGUUUGAAGCAAUAGCACAGAAGGUUGAAACACCUUGCCAGUCAAUAAAGCUGGAUGGUUUAGAAUCUAGAGAGUUUAGAAAGUUAUUCCUUGCAUUUGUCUUUGGUGAUGAGCAAUAUCCAAGGGAUAAACAAUUUUUGCUUGAGACCGGAGAUAAGAUAAUGGAAAAACUAAAGGGCUUCCCUCUUGCAGCAAAAACGGUUGGUAGAUUACUGAGUAAAGACCUUAGUUUGAGUCAUUGGAAAAGGGUCCUAAAAAGUAAAGGAUGGGAGAAGCAGACCGAUGACAAUGCAAUUAUGCCUGCCUUGAAGCUUAGCUAUGACUUUCUUCCUUUCCACCUGCAACAAUGUUUUGCCUAUUCUGGAUUGUUUCCUGAAGAUUACAGUUUCAGAAGUGACGAGCUGAUCAGUCUAUGGGUCGGACUAGAUAUUUUGAUACCCAAUGGGCAAGACCAAAUAUUUGAAGACAUAGGUCUGAGCAAUUUAAAUGAGUUAGUCAUCCAUGGAUUUUUCAGAGAAGAGAAAACUAAGUAUGGUCUGCGUUAUGUUAUACAUGACCUGCUGCAUGAUUUGGCAUUGAAGGUUGCAUCCCAUGAUUGUCUCAGUUUACGUCUCCUUGAAGUUGGAUCAAUGGAAAUUCAGCCAUCCAUCCGUCACCUGUCUAUAAUCACAGAUAACUAUGUUGCAGUGCCUGGUGAAAAAUUGAAGAGUGAAUGGGAAGAAUUGAAUACAAGAUUUAAGGUUGAAGAUUUGCAAACAUUGAUGUUAUUUGGAAAAAGGGGUGAAGGUUUUGUCAAGAUAUUUGGUGAUUUUUUUGGGGAAGCAAAUGCUCUUCGUGUUCUUCAUUUGCCCAGCAUGCUUUAUCCUGUGGAGUCCAUGUUGCCUAACUUUUCACGACUUCUUCACCUACGAUACCUAUCUCUAGGUACAAAGGUGAGGCGGAUGCAAAUACCACUUAGCAUCUCUAAAUUUUAUCAUUUAAGGAUUUUAAAUCUUGAGUCAUGGGAUGGUAGUCGUGAUUUACCCGAAGACAUGAGCAACCUUGCCAAACUGUGCCAUUUUUAUGUCCCAAUUGAUGGUCAGCUUCAUUCUGAUAUUUAUAAUGUGGGUAAACUUAAACUCUUAGAAGAGUUAAAGGUAUUUCAAGUCAAUAAAAAAAGUGAAGGGUUUGAACCAAAGCAACUAGAGCACUUGAACAAGCUAAGGGAGCUUGGCAUGUACAAUCUUGAGAAGAUAGAUACAACAGAAGAAGCAGCUCACGCAAAACUGAUGGAGAAAAAAUACUUGAGGAGGUUAACAUUGUGCUGGCAUAGUGAUCAAUCUAAUGUUGAGCCUGGUGUGGAAGCAGCGGUUCUUGAGAGCCUUCAACCUCAUGGAGAUCUUCAAGUGUUGUGCAUUAGAGGCCACGGAGGCCCUUCUUGUCCAACAUGGCUGGGUGAUGGGUUCGCUGUUGAAGCUCUACAAUCUCUUUAUCUAUAUGGUGUUUCUUGGGAAGUUUUCCCUUCUUUAGGGAAGGCAUGGGACCUUCGUGAAUUAUGGUUUGAGGAUAUUGCCAGACCAAAGGAGUUUAUCAUAGAGAAAAGCUUUUGCAUGUUAACAAAGCUUAAACUCAUUGGCCUUGGAAGUUUCGAAAAAUGGGUUUACCCAGCUGAACGAGAGUCUUCCGUUGGUGGAGACUUGUUGCUACCCGAUUCUUAUAUGUUCCCUCUUUUGCAAGUGCUGGUUAUUAGAGAUUGCUUGAAACUCCUGGGAUUGCCUGUCUCAAACCACAUUGUUUCCCCAUAUUGGUUUCCGAAACUACAAGAGCUUGAGGUACUCAACUGUCCAGAAUUCUCGUCAGCGAUUCCCGUCUCCUGGACUGAAAGUCUGCAUCGUGUCAUGAUAGAUCGUGUAAAGCUACUAGUGAUGUUAGAGUACUCAAAAUCAUCCAAUGGAGUAGAACUGAAAAUUGUUGGAAAGGGUGAUAUGCAUAGCUUAGACCAAGUGUUAGUCUUCAAUAAAGAAACAUGUCUUGAGAAGCUGACACUCUUUAGCUGCCCACCUCGGGAGUUGAAGCACGUUGUGAUGCUAACCUCACUGAAGACAUUAACUGUACAAUGUUCAGACAGUCUGGUUGGACCACUAGAAGGCCAGGGUGGUGUGGAAUGGCAGCUCCCUGUUGAGCAUAUCAUGAUCUCGCGCUUAAAUGGUAAUAGCAGUAAGGAAUUGACACAGCUCCUCCCCCACCUCCCAAAGCUCUCCAAAUUGGAAAUAAGGUUUUGUAAAAACAUAAAACAACUGGUAGUGGGGGUGGAUCUGCAACAAACAACAUCAGCAGUAUCAGAGACGGAGGAAGAUGAAAUAACAGCAGCAGAAGAAGAAGAGGAUCAAGGGGUGCUGCUCAUCCCAACUCAUCUCUUUGACUCACUGCAGGAGUUGGUCAUCGUGAAAUGCCGAGGGAUGGUCCUAGUGGACCCGCCAACUCUUGUUUCUGGUGGAGGAUGGCUCCAAGCCAUGCGGUCCCUCCAGAGAUUAAGAAUGCAGUUUUCCCUGAAGUUUCUAUCCACCUUCUCAUUUUCCCAUUAUUUAUUUCCUUCCUCCCUGCAGUUCUUGGAGCUUUCAUGUGUGAAAGGCAUGAGGACACUGGAGCCCCUCUCAAACCUCUCCUCUCUUAUCAGAUUAGAAUUAUGGCAUUGCGGAGAGGAUCUGAAAUGUCUGGGCUUGCUGUCUCUUCUUACCACUGGGGGCCAGCUCAAAAAAUUAAGAGUCUUUGGCAGCCCUGGAUUCUUUGCUGGUUGGGAUCCCAAUCCCAAAAGUGCUUUGGAGGACGUUGAAGGAAAAGACCAGCAACCACAACUUGUUUCAUCCACACUACGGGAGCUCUACACAGAUGAUGUCGCAGGACAUCUUGCUGCACCCAUCUGCAGCUUCCUCUCUUCCUCCCUCACCGAGCUGGAACUUCAUGGGGAUGGGUCUGAAUGGAUGGAGCUCUUCAGCAAGGAGCAAGAGGACGCCCUUCAGCUCCUCUCCUCCCUCCAACAACUUGAGUUUCAUAGUUUCCACAAGCUUCAGCAACUCCCUGCAGGGCUGUGCAACCUUACCAGCCUCAAAAAAUUAACAAUCCUUGACUGUCCAGCCGUCUCGUCAUUGCCCAACGAUGGCCUCCCCAAAUCACUGCAAGAGGUAGAUGUCAGAUUGUGCCGCAGCCAAGAGCUAACACAGCAGUGCAGGGGGGUGUUGGGAACCAUCCCAAAAAUCAGAAGAAAAAUAAACAGCUGAUCCAAGGGCUUUGCCUUGGAGUUCCCUGUACAUUCUUCUAGCCUUUUAGUGCUCUGCUCUUUCCGUACAUACACAUUUGCCGCAUGCAAGACAUGAGGGUCUUGUGGCUGCUGUCUUCCUUCCUGUACAAAUAUCUGGUGCGAUCUUAUAGGCUUCGUCAUACUUUGCAUUUAAAUUCAGAUUAUUUUCAUCAUCAAGACGUGCUAGUCUGCUUCCCUAUUUUGGGUGUCAUGGUCAAAAUAUCACUAUGGCAUAAGUAUGGAAUAAACUGGGCUUUGGGGUCAAGCUGCUGAUAUUAAGGUUGUUCUUGUGUUUCUUUGUGUUUACAUUUGUCUAAAACUCAUGAAGACUUGAGGGUGUUUACAUUUCUGAGAUUGCUGUUCAGUUUUAAGGUUUGCCCAGCCCAAGGACAGUGUCUUUUAAAGGCUUCAGAAGAUCUCUUUCCAGGCACUACUUGUCAACAACAGACUGGCAGAGCUGCUCAAUCUUAUCAAUCUGUAAUCUUGGCAAAUAUCCCAACGUUGUCUUGGGGAUCAUUUGUAUUUCAAGUUAUAGGGAAGUUAUCGUUUUAUUGCUUAGUAAAUUACCGAACUGGCCAAAACUCAAAGGAUAAUUAGGCACAGUCCUUUUAAUCUCCUGUUUUAAUUGGGCACAUAGUGUCAGAAGCUCACCUGAAUUACGAUAUUACUUUGGAUUUCAGCAGGCACAGGUCGAACAGCCAGAGUGGGAGUGUGCAACUUUAUUUGCCAAAGUACUCAAAGUUGGAGGUAAAACUGGUGGAUGGCACCAGCCUAACUGUUGCAGUCGUUGCCAAUGGUAUCCCCCAAGGCACAGAUCAAGUUGCUGUUGCAGGAAAUAUUCCGAAGGUGGCCUGUGUCUGCAGCAUUGUGCAAGAGAAAUACCAAGUUCAGGUCACGAUGACAAACAAGUAAGAUGCAGCCGACAACCUUCUAUUACUGAAAACCGGCACUGCAAAGG